CAGCCCGGCCAGCAGGAGUUUGCAGAGAGGUAACUCCCUUUGGCUUUGAGCGGGCGAUCUAGCUGCACGUUGCAAAGACAGCUCUAGGAUCCGGGCAGCCGGGGAGCAGCUUCAGCACUGCAGCCGGGACCUGGCUGGUUAGGCAGCACUCAAGGCGUGCCUCCUGGUUCCUCCGACUCUCCCACUUCCCCUGCCUCUUCACCCCCAGAUCGCAGGACCAGAGAUCAAAAGAUGAAAAGGCAGUGAGGACUUCAGUAGCAACAAACAAACAAAUAAACAAAAAACCCAACCAAACAAAAAGCCCCCAGAACAAGAACAAAACAACAGGCUGUUCUUAUUUGCACCAGCUUCAGUGGACACUGACUUUGGAAGGGGUAGGGUUUCCUUUUUAUUUUUCCUCAAGAUCUGAGCCUCUUUUGAAUCUACCCUCCAAGUAUCCAGGUACAGACUGAGCCUAGCAGGGCAGAUCGUGUCCAGCGCGUGUUUUACUCUGCACAAGACUUUGAGGUUGUCAGAGGAAUUUUGCGUGGUUGCUCCACCAAGUUUCCUUCCCAGGAGCUUCCCGCAGGUGGGCAGCUAGCUGCAGCGCCUACCGCAUCGCAGCCUGUUGAACUCUUCGGAGCAAGAAAAGGGGAAGCGGAGUAAGGGAAUUAGGUAGAAGAUUCAGCCAGGCUCUAGGAUGGAGGUGCAGUUAGGGCUGGGGAGGGUCUACUCCCGGCCGCAGUCCAAGACCUAUCGAGGAGCUUUCCAGAACCUGUUCCAAAGCGUGCGCGAAGUGAUCCAGAACCCAGGACCCCGGCAACCUGAGGCGACGAGCGCGGCACCUCCCGGCGCCCGUUUGAAGCAGCAGCAACAGCAGCAGCAGCAGGAGGAGAUCAGCCCCCGCCAGCAGCAGCAGCAGCAGGGUGAGGAUGGCUCUCCGCAAGCCCAGAGCAGAGGCCCCACAGGCUACCUGGCCCUGGACAAGGAGCAGCAACCUUCACAACAGCCGUCAGCCUCCGAGGGCCACCCCGAGAGCGGCUGCAUCCCAGAGCCCGGAGCUGCCGCGACCGCUGGCAACGGGCUGCCGCAGCAGCCGCCAGCACCUCCGGAGGAGGAUGACUCAGCUGCCCCAUCCACAUUGUCCCUGCUGGGCCCCACUUUCCCAGCCUUAAGCAGCUGCUCCGCCGACCUUAAAGACAUCCUGAGUGAGGCCGGAACCAUGCAACUCCUUCAUCAUCAGCAGCAGCAGCAGCAGCAGCAGCAGGAGGCAGUAUCCGAAGGCAGCAACAGCAACGGGAGAGCAAGAGAGGCCGCAGGGGCUUCCAUCUCCUCCAAGGACGGUUACCUAGGGGGCACUUCAACCAUCUCAGACAGCGCCAAGGAGUUGUGUAAGGCAGUGUCGGUGUCCAUGGGCUUGGGUGUGGAGGCGUUGGAACAUCUGAGUCCUGGGGAACACCUUCGGGGGGAUUGCAUGUACGCCCCACUCCUGGGAGGUCCACCCCCUGUACGUCCCACUCCUUGCGCCCCGCUGGCUGAAUGCAAAGGCUCUGUACUGGACGAAUGCCCAGGCAAGGACACUGAAGAACCUGCUGAGUAUGCCCCUUUCAAGGGAGGUUACGCCAAAGGGCUGGACGGCGAGAGCCUAGGCUGCUCUGGCAGCGGCGAAGCAGGGGGCUCCGGGACACUUGAUCUGCCGUCCACCCUGUCUCUCUACAAGUCCGGAGCACUGGAUGAGGUAGCAGCGUACCAGAGUCGCGACUAUUACAACUUUCCACUGGCCCUGGCUGGGCCCCCGCCUCCUCCGCCGCCCCCCCACCCCCAUGCCCGCAUCAAGCUGGAGAACCCCCUGGACUACGGUAGCGCCUGGGCGGCAGCGGCAGCACAGUGCCGCUACGGGGACCUGGGGAGCCUGCACGGCGGGGGUGCAGCGGGACCCGGAUCCGGUUCACCCUCAGCAGCCGCCUCUUCCUGGCACACUCUCUUCACAAGCGAAGAAGGCCAGCUGUAUGGGCCGUGUGGCGGUGGCGGUGGCAGCGGCUCAGGGGUCGAGGCGGGGACCGUAGCGCCCUAUGGUUACUCUCGGCCAUCUCAGGGGCUGGCGGGCCAGGAGAGCGACUUCCCUCCACCCGAUGUGUGGUACCCUGGCGGCAUGGUGAGCAGAGUGCCUUACCCCAGCCCCAGUUGUGUCAAAAGCGAGAUGGGCCCCUGGAUGGAGAGCUACUCCGGACCUUAUGGGGACGUGCGUUUGGAGACUGCCAGAGACCAUGUUCUUCCCAUCGACUAUUACUUUCCACCCCAGAAGACCUGCCUGAUCUGUGGGGAUGAAGCUUCUGGCUGUCACUAUGGAGCACUCACUUGUGGAAGCUGCAAAGUCUUCUUUAAGAGAGCUGCUGAAGGGAAACAGAAGUACCUGUGUGCCAGCAGAAAUGAUUGCACCAUUGAUAAAUUCCGAAGGAAAAAUUGUCCAUCAUGUCGCCUCCGGAAAUGCUAUGAAGCAGGGAUGACUCUGGGAGCUCGAAAGCUGAAGAAACUUGGUAACCUGAAGCUGCAGGAGGAAGGGGAGGUUUCCAGUGCAACGAGCCCCACUGAGGAGCCAACUCAGAAGCUGACAGUGUCACACAUCGAAGGCUAUGAGUGUCAGCCCAUCUUUCUGAAUGUCCUGGAAGCCAUUGAGCCAGGCGUGGUGUGUGCUGGACAUGACAACAACCAGCCCGACUCCUUUGCAGCCUUGCUCUCUAGCCUCAAUGAAUUAGGCGAGAGACAGCUUGUACAUGUGGUCAAAUGGGCCAAGGCUUUGCCUGGCUUCCGCAACUUGCACGUGGAUGACCAGAUGGCAGUCAUUCAGUAUUCCUGGAUGGGGCUCAUGGUGUUUGCCAUGGGCUGGCGGUCCUUCACCAACGUCAACUCCAGAAUGCUCUACUUCGCCCCUGACCUGGUUUUCAAUGAGUACCGCAUGCACAAAUCCCGGAUGUACAGCCAGUGUGUCCGAAUGAGGCACCUCUCCCAAGAGUUUGGAUGGCUCCAAAUCACCCCCCAGGAAUUCCUGUGCAUGAAAGCAUUACUGCUGUUCAGCAUUAUUCCCGUGGAUGGGCUGAAAAAUCAAAAAUUCUUUGAUGAACUUCGAAUGAACUACAUCAAGGAACUCGAUCGUAUCAUUGCAUGCAAGAGAAAAAAUCCCACAUCCUGCUCAAGGCGCUUCUACCAGCUCACCAAGCUCCUGGACUCUGUGCAGCCUAUUGCACGAGAGCUGCAUCAGUUCACUUUUGACCUGCUAAUCAAGUCCCACAUGGUGAGCGUGGACUUUCCGGAAAUGAUGGCAGAGAUCAUCUCUGUGCAAGUGCCCAAGAUCCUUUCUGGGAAAGUCAAGCCCAUCUAUUUUCACACACAGUGAAGCUUUGAAAGUCUUCAUUUCCUCACCCACCCCACUCUUCUGCCUGUUAUAACUCUGCACUACUUCGCUGCAGUGCCUUGGGGAAUUUCCUCUAUUGAUGCACAUUCUGUCAUGAAGAAGUUCCUGAGUUCUAUUUCCUGGGCUUUUUUCUCUUCUCCUCCUUUCUUUUCCUUCUUUUCUCCCUAUCUGACCCUUCCAUGGCAUUCAGACUCUGUUCCCUACCAUGGCUCCUAUAUGUAUUUUGAAUGGUGUUGUAUUUCUUCAAAUCUGUGAUGAUACUCCUGUGGCCUAGUGUCAAGUUGUACUUGUUUACAGCACUGUGCUGUGUGCCAGCCACACAAACGUUUACUCACCUAAUGCCACGGGAAGUUGAGAGAGCUAAGAGUAUUUGGGAGAAAUUUUUUUUUGAACUUUACUAGGUUUUUUUGCUCUUAAAAAAUACAAAAACAAACAAACAGAAACCCUCAAAGAGGCCAACAAUGAUGAAAAAAAUGAAAAAUGCAGGCCCAUGGGAUGUCACUUCACUGUUUUUUUUCAACCCUUCUCUCCCUGGGAAACUUUUCUUCCUGUGAACAACUAUUGCCAUUGGAGGGCAAGGCGACCCUAAAUCUGAGUUGAGGGUUGCAGAAAGUGGAGAGGACAAGGAGAGCAGAUAGAUUAGCGGUACCUGCCCACAGUUUUGGCCCCUGAGGUCUAGACUGCUCAAAUGCAGUGCACUUUAAUAUAUCGAAAAUGUGCUUCUUGUUUGAAAACUUGUCUGCAUGUGAAUGUCUCCCUCCCACAAAUCCUUUUUCUCUCUCACUUUCUGCCUCCAUCCUCAAGUUGGCUUUCAAUAGCUUCUAAGAGCUUUGAACUGAAUGUUCUCUUUAGCCAAAACUUGGCCAUUUCCCCUGAAGAGUCAGACCAGUGAAAAGGAGGAGAGGAGAGAUUUGACCCUUUGAAAGGCCCCAUUUGGAUCCAGGUCUGUUUCCCCAUGUGUAGGCCAGGGAGGAGCUUGGGGCUAGAGUUAGAGGAGAGAGAAGCGCUGGCUUGGCUGUUCUCCUACUUAGGACACUAAAUAUGUAUCUCUCACUGCCGCCACCCUUGUUCUCUCUUUAGAGGACCUGAAUGAAGUUUUCUGCCUGACUCCAUGCAGCCACAAGCUCCCUCCAUAUUCCCUUCAGUGUUUCAUGGGCUGAACUUAACCAGAUUGCAUUUCAGCCAUGGUAGUGAAGCAUGUUCACCUCUUUGGGCAUAUCAGCUGUCAGAUUUCAUCAACUGUCAGAUCUCUGGAAAUACAAUCUCAAAGGGUUUGGACAAGCUGGGCGUCUUGCCCUUGUCCCCCAGAAAUGAUACCCUCCCACCAAGUGGAGAAAUGUUCACUUUUUCCUUUAGAGCAGCUAAAGGGGCUGCCCAGAUCAGGGCUGAAAAGAAAACUCAGUUACCUGGGUAGGAAUAAUGAAGGCAUAAAACGAAAUACCCUGUAAAUAUUCUCCUUGCCAACCAGCAUAUCCACCUUCAAAAGUCAUGUGAAGAUGGGAGAAGAAACCAAGAGGAGACGCUAGCUAAUAAGUUUAAGUCUUCAGAGUCAAACCUAAAGCCAGAUGGGCACCAUCUGGCCAGUUUCCUCAUCAUCUUCCCUAUUCUUGAUUCUGGGCUCUAGCAUUGGCCAUAAUCACUCAGACUCCCCACCACUGUUGCUGUCUUCCUGUCAAAGGGAAGCUGAAACAUUGAGACUUUCUACAGAACCAUGGCCUCCUUUGGAAAGGUCUGGAUGGUGUGGCUUCAGUAAGAUGACACCCAUGGACUCGGAGUAUGCUCCUGAGACACUGGUUUUAUAUAGCCCUUGGGCACCCCUCUGUUCUGCUGACUUUGUCUCCCAACCCCAAGGGCAGGGGAAUACCCACUUACUUUCUCAUCCUAGCCAUUGACUCCUCACUUAGCUCUUAACUUCAUCUGUUAAACUCAAAAAAUCAGGGGCUAGUCACCAAACUGCCCAUUUCAGUUGGUUUACUCUACUUGUUGAGAAAAUAGUUUCUGAGUGACAUGACCCACAUGGGUUUCCUACCUGGAUUUCUGUGUUGUUAUGAAUAGCCAAAUGAACUUACAAAACAGCUCUUUAAAUAACAAGGGAGAGGGGAACUUAAGAUGGAUGAUAUGCCAAUACAAGACUGCUGGACAAAACUAAAGCUGACGGGUUCCCUUUCUACGGUGGGAUAGACAAAUUCUGGUUUGCUUUGUUAUGGCACCAUCUGGCUUAUAUAAGCGCACAGAAUUACUUUUACCUAUUUUAACAGAGAAAAAGAAAAAAACAACACUUUUUUCAGCUAAACUAGAUUACAUUUUAAUAGUUCCUUUACAGCAUCUGUUUUGAAAUGAUUUUCAUCUUUUGUGAAAUAUGGAUUCAAUUGUACCAUUCUAAUACCUCUCCUUGUAAAUACUAGAGGCGCUCCUUUCCAUUUCUAUGACUGUCAAAUUUUUCAUCUUUAUGGAUUUACUAAUCAUGAGUCUUGUCUUUAUAAAUAUAUGUUUUUCAUUUGUGAAAGCCAAAAAGCAAUGAAACAGCAGUGUAAUUAAAAGCAUCAACAACUGGAUUACUCCAAAUUUCCAAAUGGCAAGAUCAGUAAAAAAUGGCCUAAACAAGUUUUUAGGCCAACUGUUUCUGCACUGAGGUUUCAGUGAGCAAAGGACAUUUUAGCUUGGCUUUGUACUCCCUCGGAUAAAAGGAGGAGAGGUUUGUUUUGUUUUGACCAUUGAUGUUCUUGCCCAUGUAAUUGUCCUCUGGGUAGAAGUUUCAUUUUGCAUGCACUCAGCUCUACAAACAGAGCCGAUGUGGUUUGGUACACUGUGCUUACCUGUGAAAAACCAGCCCCCCAGACUCUCUCACCUGGUGAGCCGGAAGAUGAGGGUCACUCAAGGAACAAGUCACGGGGACCGUCUCCGAAGAGGUUUGCAGCGCUGGAUGGGGAUGGAGAGUGAGGAAGACAAAACGAAGAGGCACCAGGGAGAAAGGCUCUGUCUGUACUAGGCAGCAAACAGCUGCCAAGGUCAUGAACUCUGUGGUCAAAUACAAGAGUCAUGUGGCAGUUUCAUCUCUUGUUCAUUGGGCAUCUGGCCCAAGCGUGGCCUCCGAGCUGAAAUGGAGGUUGGAUUCUUUGUUCCAUAGCUUUUUUAUGCCACAGACAGUAUCGUUGUUCUUUGGAGAGUUUAUUAUUUUUUUAAAUUACCUUAAUCUGAGAAAGGAAUUUUUUGAAGGAUUCUGUCAUACGUCUUUGAAAAAAGAAAAUCAGUAAUACAUAUAUUUUUAUGUAUGUUCACUGGCACUUAAAAAAAAAAAGCUUCACUCUGUCCUUUGGGUAGUUGCAAAAGUAAUUGUCCAGGUUAAGAAAUAAUGUGCUGAUGCUACAGUCCCUCUCUGUUCAUACUCUGCUUCUUAACCCUUAUAUGCAUAUAUAACAAGAUGUAUUCUACUUGUACUUUAAGAGAAAUAGGUCCACCAUCUACAUGAUACUGACACUACACAAAUGACCUAACCUUAAGCUUCAGGUAGUUUUUAAGUGAUUGUUUCAUUAGGCACAGCACAGACGUGGCCUUUUCCCCUUCUCUCCCUUGAAAUUCGGCAGGGCACAAAGGCCCAAGCCAUUCCCUCUGCCCCUUUCCAACCCUGCACCAGCACUGCACUUCGUAAGACCCUCCCCAGACAGCCCAGUAACUAUCCCUGCAUGGCCCUCGCAUGGACCAGAAAAACAAAAGGCUGACUACUAAUUAUCCUGUGCCAGUUGCCCAGGUGAGAGGACACUGGGCCAAGGGAGUGACUUUCAUGCUUGACCUCCUAUAGAGGGGCCAAAGGAACCUGGAUUGCUAAAGCACAGAAUCAGACCCCAAACUUAAAGCCAAAAUAGCUGUUUAGCAUGUGUAAUUUCUUGUAAAUGGAAGUUUCUACCCCUGCUGCCUUUUAUAGGCAGAUCUGUUCUCACCACUGAUCUCUUUGAAAAUCUUUGAGAGCAGUUAAAAAAAAGAGAGAUGAAAGCAUCACGUUAUGUAACCAAAGAUUACACUGUAUCUGCUAAGACACCAAAAUUUUUAAGGGCAGGGAGGGUGCAAGCAUUAGAGCCUCUUUGGUAAGCUAUCCAAAGACAGACUGAAGGACUUUGCUGGUGACUGACUUAUAACAGUUUAGUGGGAGUUUUCCUGAACAAUAGACAUUUUUUAGAGGAGUUGAAAAUAUUUUGGGAAAAAAUGGGAUUAUGGGUCCUUCACUAAGUGAUUUUGUAAGCAGAACUAGCUUUCUUUUUCUGUAGUAGUUACUGAGCAAAUUCUUGAAGCUCCAUUAUUGCAUGGUUGGAAAUGGAGCCAGUCUUGGCCACUGUGUUUGCUAGUGCCCAUAUUAGCUUAUCUGAAGAUGUGAAGCCCUUAUUGAGAAGGGGAGCAUUUAAAGGACUAGAUUUUGCACUAGAGGGACAGCAGGCAGAAAUCCCUGUUUCUGCCCACUUUGGACAGCACAAAAAUUUUUCUGCAGUUUAAGGCAGAAGGUUGAAAUAUAUUGUAAAUGAGUAUUUGUAUCCAUGUUUUCAAUUGAAUUAUAUAUAUAGAUAUAGUGUGUUCUGAUAGCUUUACUUUUCUCUGCACCUUUAUAUUUGGUUCCAGGUCAUGACUGAUACCAUGUACUUGUGAGAGAGGCUGUAGUUACAUUUUAGAAGCACUCUCAGAACAGACAAGACACCUAGGUUGACCAGAUAACUAGGAGAUCUUGUCCCUAUUGAGGCCUGACCCACAGGCCUUACAAAAGGGCAGAGGGGGUAAAAGUGUAGGGUACAUGAUGUAUUGCACUUUACUAGCCAAGACAGAUGAAUGUAGAAAGGGUGGUGGAGGCUCGUUGGAAGUGACUGGGCUUUACCAUAGGAAAGGACCAGACCGGGGUGCUAAAAGAUCACCCAAAUGAUUGACCAUUGUCCCCUAAUGGGACCUGACUGGUUGAGAGAAGGAAGGGAGUUCCUCGGUCUUCACCAUCCUUUUAAGAAAAGGGCAAUUUCCUGAGCUCGUAAACCUGGAGCAAGUGUCCAUCUUUCACACAAUUAAAUCACAUGAGGUUGAGGUGCUCUUGCUACUGGGUGUCUGUGUUCUCUAAUUCUGGUUUUGGAUAUUUUCUGUAAAGAGUUUGCCAAAUGAAAAUGUGUUUUUCUCUGUUAAAACUUGUCAGUGUACUAGAAGUUGUAUCUCUGUAGGUGCGGGUCCAUCUCUGCCCAUGGAUAAGGGUGUUUUUUCUUCAAUUAAUUACAGCGUUUGACACUGGGGUCUGUUGCCCAGAGCCUCCCAACACUCACUCAACCAUUUCUAGGUGAAAGCAGAAAAAUCCACAUUAGUCAUUCUUCUUCAGAGGAGAAAAACGGCCUUUGACUCAGCUUCGAUUUAUCCCUAUUUGAUUUGGCUAGAAAGUAGGCCAUUUACAUUGAUUGGCUACCCUAAUUCAAUAUAGCAGGGAUGUUGAUUCCUUUCCUUGCUCCAUUAUAUCUUAGCCUUUUAUGAAAUUAAAUGAAACUAUGAACUGGGUGGUCCUUGGGGCCUGGAACAGUUCCCACAUAUGCUACUCAGCAAGGCUGUCAUGUAGCUGCAGACUUCGUCGGCCACCCAACACUGGAACACACACAUAUCCAUACCCCAAAGGAAAGAAAAUUCUGAAAUAUUGCUGCUUCUGUGGUGGUGUCCUCCGUGGCUGCUGCUUCACAGUAUAGGACCCUGUACCCUGCAAUUCAGACAGGCCAGGCCUCCAGCCUCUCACAACUUUAGCCCUUGGUGCUAACUGCCCUGCAGUGAAGUGUCUGUGGGGCUGUCCUAUCCCAUAAGCCACUUGGAUGCUGAAAGCAGCCACCAUUAGAAUGACCCAAGUAAAAAAAGAGUCCUCUCAUCACUCAGUGACACCAUUCUGCUUUCCCCUAGACUGGAACUGUGAUUAGGGAGUGCCUCAGACAUGACAUUCUUGCACUGUCCUUGAGAUUAAUUCGGCAGCAGGAGGGAGUAGACUAUGUGACCAGAGAUAAGAAUUAAUUUUCAAUGUUGAGGGAAAAAAAUAAAAGAGAGAGGGAAAGAAAGCAUCAUAUAAAGAUAAAAAAUGAAACAAAUUAAGUUCACUUGAAACUUCUUUCUAUGGGACUUAAGUUCUCACAGUGACACUUGGCCUCCACUGGGCAGCAGGACCAGCCCCAAGCUCUAGUGUUCUGUUCUCUUUUUGUAAUCUUGGAAUCUUUUGUUGCUCUAAAUACAAUUUAAAAAAAUGGCAGAAACUUGUUCGUUGGAAUACGUGUGUGACUCUGGGUUUGUCCCUGCCUCUGCUCUCAGAAAUGUCAUCCAUUGUGUAAAAUAUUGGCCUGCUGGCCUGCCAGCUAAAACUUGGCCACAGCCUCUGUUGUGGCUGCAGGCUCAAGUUAUUGUUAACAAAGAGACCUGAGAAAAGCAGCUAAUGUCCUCUUAUCAUCGUCGUUAAUUUGUUAUAACAUAAAACAAUCUAAAAUUUCAGAUGAAUGUCAUCAAAAUUCUUUUAAUUAGCUCUUUUUAUUGGCUGUCUUUAUUAAAGUCAAGAGUUGGUAUCAUGCCAAGUGGCCUUUUACACUACUUUGAUUUUCAUAUACUUUUAAAAAUCUUUGCACAGGGGUUGUAAAUUUGCUCUGUGUUGGCCUUAGCAUAGGUUGACCUGGGACCACCAAACAAUUAAAGGGCCUGGGCUAGAAAGCACAAGUGGGCACUGACAGCCCAUCAGAACCUCUCAUCAAAAACUCUGAGCUUGUCAGCCAAGGGAAAGCCAUGCGAACUUCAGCUUU